CGAUAAUGUAUUCGUACUGUAGAGGCAAUAGCAGGGCCAAUGUAACACGAGGCUGGCGAGAAGGGGAUUAAUCAUAUACUACAAUACACGGUAUAGGGGCGAUGCUACCAUACGUGGCGCGUGUCUCUCUGAGUUAAUUCCUUUAUUGAUAUUUACAACAGAUAUAGACCACAAGAAACAUUGGGAAUAUAGAGAUAGAACUGUGACAAGAUAGGCCUAGAUAAAUUCCGGAGAAAAGCAAUACCAUAUUGUAUGCGGUGAUCCCAAAGGGGUCGUGAAUUAUAAGAAGGAAAGGGCGCGAUCGGAUCAAGAAGCUGUAACUGAGUUGACAGUAUGUCGAGUAUAAGUGACGUCAGUGUACCCACAAGUGAUUCCCCAAUACCAGCACUAGGGGGCCUCAGUCCAAUGCCACCAGAUCUUAAAAAGGAAGGAGAGAAGUCUUUGAACAAUAACAGUAGGACCGAUAGCCCCGUAAACUUGAAGACAGAAACUGCAGUGACCUCCUUUCCACUCUCAGUAAAAGCUCCUACAAUGGUAGCCAACGGUCUAACAGAACCAGCCGUUGCCGAAAAGCUUGUUCCAACACAGAUAGGAAGCAGUCCAAGCCCAAGAUUCACCCCGACUGAUUUGGAACAAACCAAAAUCGACAAGGGUCACCCAGAGAGGAAACGAAGGGCUAGUGAUGAAAUCAGCGUUGGGAGUUCCACAAAGGCAAGUGAUGGUGCAGCCGAUGACAAUGGUAAAGAUGACGAUGAUGAUGACGACGACGAAUCAGAAGAAAAAACAUCAAUUGAGCAUGAUCCAGAGAGACUUAAAGCUUUUAAUAUGUUCUGCAGAUUGUUUGUUGACGAAAACUUAGAUAGAACAGUUCCCAUAUCAAAACAACCUAAAGAUAAAAUCCAGGCUAUAUUGGAGGCCUGUGACAGACAAUUCCCAGAAUUCCAUGGACGUUCCAGGAAAAGGAUAAGGACAUACCUGAAGUCCUGUAGGCGAAUGAGAAGGUCUAAAGAAAAUGGCUGGGAACCGCUCCGACCGACCCCUCCACAUCUUACGUCUGCAGCUGCAGAACAACUAUUAGCACAGGCCUGUGAAAAUGAAACCAACAAUGCAAAGCGCAUGAGGAUGGGCUUAGACCCUUUGCCGGCCAGUGCAAUGGGUCUACCGUCCACAGGUGCUGUCCAGCCAUCACAGACACCGGAAAAACCAGCAAAGACACAGCCUCCAGUUCCCCAGCCUUCAUCGCACCAAUCUCCCGUACUAGUCUCGCAUCAACCGCAGCCACCCGUAUCUCAUCAGCCUCCCGCACUAGAGCGUCAGCCAGUCACAAGCGUCGCUAGUGUAGCGGAUUACAUGCGACACACAGGUGCGGCUGCACCGACAGCAUUCAGACCUCCCCAUGAAAUACACAAUCCUUUCCUUACGAAUGGUAAUGGGUUGUUCCGGCCCGGCUUCCCCGGAGCUGGUUUUCAGCACCAGGCACAUCAUCACCCACCCGUCAUGCAGCACUCCACUAUUGCUACACAACUACAAAAUGGACUCCCAGUGUCUGGUCCAACAGAUUUGAGCAUAAAGAAAUCACAAGCGUCCUCCAAAACCCAGUUAAACUCAAGUGAGAUCGCAACAAUAAAACAACUGAUCGCAGGUUACAGAGAGUCGGCAGCCUUCCUAUAUCGGUCAGCGGACGAACUUGAAACCCUUCUCCAACAGCAGAACUGAACCUCUGGAGAAAACAUUGUUUGUGAGAACCACAGACAAAGGGUCGGGAAUUAGUAUAGUAUAUUUAUCACGUCAUGUGACGUAUUGAAGAUAUGAGGUCAACGUUUUAUAAGGUGCUACAGAUUUUUUAACAGAAAUUACAUAGCAAUCUUAAUGCUGCACCUUCAAAACUUUGAAGAUGGCUUAUAUAUAUAAAAAUGCUGACUUAAGUACAGCAGUAAGUGCCUCUAUAUACAUGAUAGAAAAUAUCUGAUAAACUAUGUAAAACUAUCAGUUUUAUUUAUAAGAUUCACAUUUACAACAGUAAAGUGCAAUAGGCUAAACUGGCCACGAUUCAGCCAAAAAGCAAAACGAGAGAUUAAAAGUAAUAUAAAAUAUAGUUAAUCAAAUCGGGUAAGAUAGUCAUGUAUUGAUUGGUCCACACAAUCAAUUGUUUGAUAAAAUUUGUAAUAUACGUUAUAUCAUUAUUAUAUUUGGUGGCAGGUUGAUUGUUGUUGUGUUGUUUUUGUAAAACAAUAUGGCGUUAAACAUAGCAGACAUUUACCAGUGUACAAAAUUAGCAAACAGAUAUUUUACCUGUGUACAAAUGUAUUAUUUAAGGCCAUUGUCUCAGUCAGAAUGCAUAAAUAUUGGUGUUUCAACUGUUUAAUGAAACAGUUUAAUACAUGCAUUAUGUACAAUAUGUACAAUAAUAUGUACAAUAUGUACAGUUUGGCGCACAUGUUCCUAAAAUAUGGAUGCUACUAUACUAGUUCCAUUAAGCCGUAUUAAUUCCCGGGGCU